GGCAGCGAGCCCGUCGCAGCAGGUAAACAAACCUAUCUGACAGGGGAAGGCGAGCCAAACAAAGCGUCCGCGCUGUUUUUACCGUGUUGCAUUUGUGACGGCGAAAAAGAUGACAGUUGUAACAGAUGAGCCUCUGUUGUCGGUAGUCGAUUAACAUUUUGUAUUUAAACUGCGACGUAGGUCGACGACAGAAAUAGUCGUGGGACGAGUAAACCGCUGCAGCAGAGCGAGGAGGAGACGGUUUAUCCUCGCACGAUGCACUGCAGCACAUUGGAGAAAAUGGGUUAUUUUAGCCAUAUCCUCAGACUCGAGUGUCUGUUCCGAGAUGUAGGUUGGCUUCUUUAGCUACCGUUUGAAUAAUAAAAUAAAAAAUAAAAAACUGCACUGGACCCGAAUAUCCCCCUGCGGUGCAGCAUCAUGGGACCCAUCAUGCAGGAGCGCACCGCAUCCACAACACUGAAGCGCGUCGUUUCCAAGGAGAAGAUACGAGUUAAGAAUACUGAAAAUAGCGGACCAGUAGCCAGUUCAAAGAAAGGUAACAAGACGAAGAAAUUGGUGAGCCCAAUGAAAAAUGGCCUCCCGGGACCAGGUCAGGAUAAGGACACAGCAGCACCGCACAGGGGUGUUCCAUCUAAAAGUGGGAGGCUGAAGUCGAGCGCUGCACGAAAUACAAGUAAAGUCUCCAGUCCUGAAGAGGAAGGAGAUUUGAGACCUCAACUUCGAAAACACUCAACUUCACAUAGAAAAGAGGAAAAACGAGAAAGUCAACAACGGAUGUCACAGUGCAGCAGUGAGCACCUUCAAAAUCGUCCAGGGAUGGGGAAAAAUCGUCGAGCUCUGUCUUUGCCUCUCUCGCCAAUAUCAGGGCUACGACACCUGCCAACUCAGGCUCUGACGUGCUCCCCAGCCCCCACUCCAGAAGCAAUACAGCAUCAUUAUAACCACAAAGAGGAAGACUCUGACAGUGCCAGCGACCUGUCAGACUCUGAGAGGCUGCCUGUUCUGCCUUCACCAUGUACCCCAUGCACACCACCUCAUCUCAACCUCCGGGCAGAGAUCAUCAACACUAAUGAUUUCCUCCCAGACUUUCCAGGACCCCAUGGGGCAGUGGGGGAUGAAGAUGAAAGUGAAAAAUCAAACUACAAUUACCCAGACUUUCUGCCUCCUCCCUUCAACAGCUGGAGCCUGAGACAGCUGGCUGUGUUUCUUCACACAGAGGGUCGUGGGGCCCCACCACGGCCUAAGCCAGUGGGGCCUUUAGAGAAGUACCUGGAGAGGUUGUUGCAACUAGAGUGGCUUCAGAUUCAAACAGUGCAAGCAGAGAUCAGCCGUCCACCUGGAAGCCGUACAAGACAGCAGGGGUUCCCUUCUCAAACCACUGCCAGGCCCCACACAGCCCCAUCAUCCCGACUCAACUCCCCCAAAGGGCUGCGGCACAGCUCGCGAGCAUUCCCGUUCACACCUGUCAACAACCCACCAUCACCUGCCUCAGCCCAGCACCAGCUCUCCCACUUUCCCGUGUGUCCACACUGUCACAUUCGCUACCCACUGUGCAGUGGAAGCUGCUCUGCCUACGCAUACCAGCGCCACUCGCGUCUCAGUCCACUGCUGGAGCGCAAAGUGCGACCGGGUGCAGGAGCAAAAAGAAGCAGCAGCGAGACCCGAGCAAAUUCCAUAGAAGGUAAGAGCCCGGGAGCACAGGGCGGAGGAGAAGGAGGGGCCCGGACACCGGUCAGCCCUUCAGCAGGGAAGAGUCAUCUCAGGCACAUGCAAGCAUCAGGCAAUGCCCGGAGGCAACCCCAAGAAAUGGUCACCAACCAAAACCUCAAAAUCCAGGUGAGGAAAAGUCAAGUCAGAGCUCACUCUGAGACAGAUGUUAAAAAGGAAUCUGGUGGAAUUAAAACCCCGAGUGCAGAGAAACGGGGAUUUGCCGGGAUUAAGAAAGAGAUCGUCUCCUCUAAGAGGGACGAGAAGAACUGUCAAAGAACUGAGGCAGGAGGUCAGACCUCUAAACCUGCCAUGAAAAGAGCUGCUAAAGACCCAGCAUCUCACUGCAAAGCAUCGCCUAGCAGCCAUAGUGUCCUUAAGCAAAACAGCAAAACAAAAAAUGUGCACUUUGUUGCAAAGUAACCCUUAUAGACCUGAAGUUGUGCUUUAAUUAAUGGUUACUUGGCAAAGAAUCUUAAACCUAUGCUUGCUUUUCGUGUAAUCGGUUGAAUACUAACAUGCUCUAACUGUUC